UGUGAGGCAGACGGAAAGGAGGCGAAGGCGGAGCUGGCACAACGCAAUAUGUUCCCUAGCGCUCAAAUUAAAAUGAGAUUGCUGUCGCCAAGCAGUUCGCCGGCCACGUCGCCCACAAUGUCGAACUCCUCGUCGCCGACACCACCGACGCCAGCCGCGCCUGCCUACAACCAGAAGAUGACCGGUAUACCGUGCGUGGCCGCAGCUUCCAGGUACACCGCACCGGUCCACAUCGACGUAGGCGGCACGAUUUACACCUCCUCCCUGGAAACGUUGACCAAGUAUCCAGAAUCGAGGCUAGCAAAAUUGUUCAACGGCAGCAUCCCAAUCGUCCUGGACUCCCUGAAGCAGCACUAUUUCAUCGACAGGGACGGCGGGAUGUUCAGGCACAUACUGAAUUUUAUGAGGAACUCCCGGCUGUUAAUACCGGAGAACUUCGCCGAUUUGGAUUUGCUGCUGGAGGAGGCCCGGUACUUCGACAUCGCGCCCAUGUGUAGGCAGUUGGAACAGAUGAAGAAGGAGCGGAUAAAGAACGGUUCGACGACGACAACGACAUCUUCCUCUUCGCCAAGCCCGCCACCUACGAACCAACUGAGCAACCGUGGCUCAGGUUGCACGACAGUCCCUUGCAACCGUGACACGGACAAAAUACGGGGCACAGAAGGCAACUGUAACUACGAAUGCGUCGCCCUACACGUCAGCCCUGACCUGGGCGAGAGGGUGAUGCUGUCGGGUGGUAGAGCAUUGCUGGACGAAGUGUUUCCGGAAACGACCCAGGCGGUUAUCGACGCCCGAUCAGGCGUCGCCUGGCAUCAACAAGACGCCCGUCACGUGAUCCGAUUUCCAUUGAACGGCUACUGCAAGCUGAACUCCGUUCAAGCGAUCACUAGGCUGCUGAACGCGGGAUUCCGCGUGGUAGCGAGCAACGGAGGUGGUGUCGAAGGUCAACAGUUCUCGGAGUACCUGUUCGUCCGACAGGCCGUCAACACCUGA